AUGGCUGCCGUUUGUUUUGAUGACGAGGGCUACAAUGGUUGGAUAUGUGUGUACCCUGCCUAUAUCAACAGUCGUAAAAGUGUGUUAGAAGGAAGGAAAAUUCCAAAGGAUAAAGCUGUGGAUAACCCAACAUAUUCUGAAAUCCGUGAUAUAUGUGCAUCUGCAGGAAUGACAGUAGGAGUAGAGAAUAAAGUAUAUCCACGAGAAAGGGAUCCUAGGGACAUGAGAUUCAGAGGAAGAAUCAGAAUACAGUUGAAAAAAGAAGAUGGUACUCCAAUGUUAGAUAAAUUUCCAACUAGUAAGUAUUCAAAAUUUGUCUGGUAG